CCUACAAGAUAUAAUUUUUCUCUUUACUUAGUGUGAGAAUGAGGAAGAGUACAGAGACAUCAAGAAGACUCAUUUAGAGCGAGAGAGUUCUUCACGAUUAGCUGCCUCUGCCCACAGCAUCGCAACAGCAAAUCACUGCAAUGUAAAUGAAAAUAGUUUGGCACUACCAAUAAAUAAAAAUGAGAAAGUGCUUCGGUCACCCGUCUCUCCCCUCUCUGAUGCAUCAAAACACAAAUACUCCAACGAUGAUUUAACUUCCUCCAGCAGACCUAAUGGCAGCAGUCUAUUACCUUCCAUCUCCUCCAGCAAAAAGCAUAAGGGUGAAAUCCAGUCACAGCCACAUCUCGGAGACUUCACUAAAGCAGUUCACACCAAUUCAGAAAAUGUUCUUCUCUGCAAUAAGCCACAGACCCAAACAGAGCCUUGGUCACCUCUGUCCAGCGCACCCAGGGACUGCAGAAGGACAAAACUUAUCUUUGAUGAUAUGCCACGCAAUGCAGAUUACUUUAUGCAGGAAGCUAAACGGAAGAAACAUAAAGCAGAUGCGAUGGUGGAAAAGUUUGGAAAGGCACUGAAUUAUGCAGAAGCAGCACUAUCGUUUAUUGAGUGUGGAAAUGCAAUGGAACAAGGCCCAAUGGAAUCUAAAUCCCCCUAUACAAUGUAUUCAGAAACAGUUGAACUCAUCAGGUACGCCGUGAGACUAAAAACCCACUCAGGCCCCAGCGCCACGCCAGAAGACAAGCAGUUGGCAGCACUAUGUUACCGCUGCCUGGCCCUUCUGUACUGGAGGAUGUUCCGACUCAAGAGAGACCAUGCUGUCAAGUAUUCUAAAGCACUUAUUGAGUAUUUCAAGAAUUCAUCAAAAGCCGCCCAGAACCCAUCUUCUUGGGGUAACAGUGGAAAGAGCACAGGAACUCCAUCGCCCAUGUCCCCUAGCCCUUCUCCAGUCAGUUCUGUCGGAUCCCAGGGGAGCACAGGGCCCCCUUCUUCAUCUCCUAUAAUCAGCAUCCCCCAGCGCAUCCAUCAGAUGGCCGCCAACCACGUCAGCAUCACCAACAGCAUCCUGCACAGCUAUGACUACUGGGAGAUGGCUGACAACCUGGCCAAGGAAAAUAGAGAAUUUUUUAACGACUUGGAUGCAUUGAUGGGACCUAUCACCUUGCACAGCAGUAUGGAGCAUUUAGUUCAGUACACUCAACAAGGACUUCACUGGGUGCGGAAUAGCACUCACUUGUCAUAAUGACUGUGUGCCAUUCACUUGGACUGUAUAACCUUUCAUGGAUAAUUCAGUUAUUCUGGACACUGUGCUACAGAAGUAGUCAACCACAGCAUUGAUCCAAACAAAGGUGAAUAUUUCUUCAAUGUUGAGAAGAUGUUUUCUGAGAGUAGAUAUGUAUCUGUGCAUAUGUACAAUAUACAAUGAUUUCUCUUCAGAAUAAAUUGUUCUGUACCACUCUCCAGAAAAUUUUCGUACACUAGAAAUACUAGAAAGAACUGAUCUGAAUGCACAAAACAUACCCUUUCUAUUCAUGUGCUGAAAAAUUCAGAAACCAAAAUCUCAUGGGGUGAUUGAACCAAGUGCAAUAAGCACAAAUCCCUAUUCAGGAAAGCUCUCAAUAGACUCUUACCUUUUAAGCUUGUACUGAAAUCCCAUUUACUUCAGUAGAGCUUAAGCACAUAUACAAGGGUUUUCCUGAACUGAAUGAAUGAGAGCAAGUCUCAGCAGCAGAGAACUUACUGCAAGCGUGGACACUUCACAGAAGUUCCAAUACUUAUGUUCCAUCUCCCUGUAACUCCCCUGCUGGGGCACACAGAGGAGUUGUGUAGUCUGCAUUAAGAUGGAGAAAGACAGCAUUCCUUCAAUGUGCGAUAAGUUUUGACAGAUUGUUUGCAUUUCUUUAUCUCCUGUCUUUUUAAAUCACUUGACCUCUUGUUCAGCUCCACACCAACAAUAUAACUUACAAUAACAGGCAAGAAGCCUGAAAACAGAUAUGCUGAUUGCAUGAACUUUAAAGGAGAUGGUGGGAAACUGCAUUCUGUUACCAGCAGUAAACAGAUAAAUGAAAAAAAAAAAAAA